CCUCUUUUCAAGGAAAUGGCAACACCUGAUGCCAAGCAAGAUAGGUCAUAGUUCAGUAACACACGAAACACAUUUUAGUCAGAGGAAGUGAUGGGUUUUACCAGAUGAUUUUUAAGACAGUUACCUUAGUAACUAACCAGCAGCACAAAUAACAGACGUUCACUCUGAAGAAGUGAGAGCAGCAGACAACAUGGACGAGCUCGAUUUGCUGCUGGAGGAGCUGGCUCUGAAUCCAGGGGGUUCACAGAGCGUCAGUGAGAACAGGAGCAAAGAUCAAGCUGCUGCAGAGGUGCCAGCUGCGGUUAAUUUACCAUUAACCAAAAAAGGAAUAGUCUGCCCAAAUGUGUACAGUGAUCUGCCUGCUCCUGUGGCAGCUUCCCCGACCCCCGACUCCCCCACUAAAGAAUUGGACUCGAUCCUGAAGGACAUGCUGGGUCUGGGACAAGAGGAACCAGAAUCUUCAACGACCCCACCACCUCUGAAACAAAAACUGUCUGUGAGGAAGAACACUGAAGCUGGGCAGCAGGAGAACAAGGAGAGCAGCAGCAGAGCAGGGUCGGAGGCGAACCCUUCGACCACCAGCAAGAAAACGGACACAAUAGAUGACCUGCUCGGAGGGCUGAGCUCUGACCUGGAGAAGAUUGGUGUGCGCACAAUAACCAAGGGCCACUGUGCGUCCUGCAACAAGAGCAUUGUGGGAAAGAUGAUCACGGUGCUGGGUGAAGUGUGGCACCCUGAGCACUUUGUGUGUGUGGCGUGUAACACAGAGCUGAGCACGUCAGGCUUCUUUGAGAGAGAGGGACGGCCAUACUGCCACACACAUUACCAUCAGCUCUUCUCCCCACGUUGUGCCUACUGCAAGGGGCCCAUUAUCCAGAACAUCCUGACAGCUCUGGACCAGACUUGGCACCCCGACCACUUCUUCUGCACACACUGCGGAGGCCUGUUUGGACCUGACGGUUUCCUAGAAAAGGACGGGAAGCCGUAUUGUUGCAAGGACUUCUACAACCUCUUCGCUCCAAAGUGCUCGGGCUGUGGGGAGUCAGUGAAGGAAAACUACCUGACUGCAGCCAAUGGCACCUGGCAUUCAGAGUGCUUCGUCUGCGCAGACUGUCUGAAGCCCUUCACUGACGGCUGCUUCAUGGAGUUGAACGGCCGCCCCCUCUGCUCGCAGCACUUCCACUCCCGGCAGGGCACUCUGUGCGGGGGCUGCGGGGAGCCCAUCACGGGCCGCUGCAUCUCCGCUAUGGAGCGCAAGUUUCACCCCGAGCACUUUGUGUGCGCCUUCUGUCUGCGGCAGCUGAGCCAAGGCAUCUUCAAGGACCAGAAAGGGAAGCCGUACUGCUUGACCUGCUUUGACAAACUCUUUGUGUGAGCACGUAACGAACAAAUAACAGAAAUCAAUCAAACGAAUUACUGUCAGUGAGAUUAUAAUUUCCAUAUAGUAUGAGUGAUCUAUUAAAUCUGUUUAAUUUCUUCAAUACUUCAAUGCCAGGGGAGAUGAAUUACAAGUUAACAGUGUGUUUAACAUGAUAUGUUACGUAUAUUUUAAACAGAUUAUGUAAAAAUAUCCAGGACAAAAUGCUCACAUUGUAACAUAAUUAACGAUAUGUUGUAAAACAUGGGGGAAAACCCAGUUCAGAUAAUAAAAACUAUUUUCAUAUGUGAACUUUGGAUGGGUCUAGAAGGUGUGUUGCUGACACAUUUUUAUAGGAUUUCAUAUAUCACGAUCACAUAAAAUGUAUAAAUGAAGAAAGAAAAACAGAGACGUGCCCUUUUAAUCUGUGGUUUCCAUUAAGGGAUCCUUAGUUUUUGCCAUAAGCCUUGGCAGGGUGGAGAUGCUCUGGCAGUCUGCAGCAGUUUGUCAAGGGUUUGGUCCAUGUGGCCUGAUAGCUUGUAUUGGCAGAGGCUGGCAUCGAACCGUCGUUCCAACCCCAGUUUCCUUUUGCUCUGAUGUACCAACCUCUUCAAUCUCCACACAGGCUCCUUUAUAGACUCCGAAGAUUAAUGAAGGUGGUGGGGGGAACAACGGUGGUUUCAGAAGGAGUUCACAUCACUGCAUCUCUUCAGUGAUUUUUAUUUGAAUGUCAAAGGAUGAAUCAGCCACAAAGUAAAUUUAGUUUUGGUGACGCACAUUGCAUGUCUGGCCCUAUUUUAACUAAUUAAAGCUCCAAGAAAAGUUUGGAUGUAAGUCAAGGGCAAAAUAUCUGCAGCACAGAUAGUAGGAUAUGACAUGUCUGUUUAAAAGUGAGAUUUUGUCUGCAGAAUCACAUCAUAAUAAAAUCAAUGUUUUGCACAAAUA